UGAAACCUUCCUGCAGGUUGCGGGUGUGCGUGAGUCCAGCCCGAGUGCAUCCGAAAGAGCUGGUAGCUGAGUGUCCGGUCGAAGGUUGGCUUUCUCCGUCACCCUCCCCUUCAGAGGUGAGAAACUGGCCAGCAGGAGAGCGAAUGGUGAAGAAGAAGAAGAAGAAGAAGAAAGCCAGCCUCCCCCCCACCUGUAGCAGGAGGCGACUUUUAGCAGGACCCUGCCACGAUUGGGCAGAUGUCACAUUAUAACCAGCAAAAGCAACAGUUGUGAGAAGGCCGAUCAACCUAGGGCGGUGUACCCUAAGGGCUCGUUGUGAGUUUCCUGGUUGAAUGGUCAUCAACCUUUUUGAUGCUAGAAACCAGUUUCGUGGAAGACAAUCUUCCCAUGGAUGGAGGGUGGAGAUGUCUGCCCAGAGGUUAAUUUCUAACAGAACCUUCCAGCAGACUGUAUCUAAUUCUGAUUACACCUGGGAGUAUGAGUAUUAUGAGAUCGGACCAGUUUCCUUUGAAGGACUGAAGGCUCAUAAAUAUUCCAUUGUGAUUGGAUUUUGGGUCGGUCUUGCAGUUUUCGUGAUUUUCAUGUUUUUUGUGCUGACCUUGCUGACCAAGACAGGUGCCCCACAUCAAGACAAUAUAGAGUCUUCAGAGAAGAGAUUCAGAAUGAAUAGCUUUGUGUCAGAUUUUGGAAAACCCCUGGAUCCAGACAAGGUAUUUUCUCGCCAGGGCAACGAAGAGUCUAGAUCUCUCUUUCACUGCUACAUCAAUGAAGUGGGACACUCGGACAGGGCCAAAGCUGGUCACCAGACCACGGCUAUUGACAGUGCUGCGCAACUCCAGGAAGCCAUCAGGGGCAGCAGGAGGGCAGAAGAGGAGCUGAACAGGCUAAUGAAGUUUGACAUCCCCAACUUUGUGAACACAGACCAGAACUCCUUUGGGGAGGAUGAUCUUCUGAUUUCGGAACCACCUAUUGUUCUAGAAAAUAAGCCAGUUUCCCAGACUUCACACAAAGACCUGGACUGAGAAACAUCUUUGUGUCUUUCUGAAGAUAUAGGUUCUGUCUUUAUAUAACAAGAAAGCUCCAUUUGCCAAAUUGUGUGUGUAUGUGAGGGAGUCAGAGAAGGGAGCCUCCCUCAGAACACAGCUGAAGGUUUUCAUUGUUGGUGUUUGUUGUAUUUUGUUUGCCUUUUAAUGCAUUGGGGUUUAUUUUUUUGGCGGGGAGGAAAGUUUGGGGGGAAAGAUAUUUGCACUAUCUCAUAUUCCUUGUUGAAAAGUUGGCCAAAAAUGUUAGGACCUUGAAUGAAGAUUAGCAUAUCACAUUCUAAUCUGGCUCUGCUACCCUCUUGCUCUAUCAUUAGCAAAUUGCUUUGUUUCUCUGGGCUAAAACAGUUUUAGUGGUCAGUGACGUCUGCAGUAGUUGAUCUCCCCUAGCUGUAAUACUUGGUAAAUGUAUGACUUUGCAGCCAUGGCCAACUGAGGUAUACAUAGAGCAGUAUAAACGAGGGCACUACCUCCUAUCUCUUGUUGGAUCCCUGAAUCUAUGUACCUUCAGCUCAAUCCUUAAUGGAACCACACUUUAGUGAGGUGAUCUUUACUCCCUCAGUACUCAUACAGUCACUGUAGUGAACAUUUCUGCUGAAUUUUGCUGUAACAGUUCUUUAGAAGCUCUCCAACCACCCAUGCUCAAACUUAGGUAUAGCUAGCUCUGUCCCCCUCAGAGUGAAUACCAAUUCAUGGUAUAUCACAUGACACCUCUGUCCACAAGAAAUGUAGGGAAGGUUGUCAUCUGAACCAAGGGGAAGCUUCUGUGUGUCUUUGUGUUGGUGUCUUGGUGUUACAUUGCUGUGCCAUUGGCUUUAGAAUAGGGAAAAUAUUAUUUGCCGUGCUGUCUAUGCAGGUGAUGGUCAUAUGGUUUUGAGCUGAGAUGGUCAGUGGAUUUUACACACCAAACUAACACAUUCUCGGGGUGGCCUAGACUACAUUAACAUGAGAGCAUCACAGUUAAUUUCAUGAAGUGAUCAAACCUACACACUGGUAUUGGAAUCAACUUGGUUUUAUACACACAGUUGUAUGCAUGGCCAUUGCUAAUCUGGGGUGGGCAACUGUCAUUAUGAAUUUGUUUAUCACCUAUCUGCUUAAGCUACAAAAUAAAUCUAUAUGACCGCACAAGAAUUUUCUCUGGUUAUUUCC